CUCUCCCCACCCACGAUCUUUGUGUUGAGUGGAGCUUGACCACAGACUGGAGGGUGAAGAUGGCGGACCGGCGGAGACGGAGGAGGCGCGCGUCCCAGGACAGCGAGGACGACGACGAGUCCGGUUCCAGUUCGGACAGCGUGAAGUCGGGCUCUUCAGCGACGAAGACCCGGGCGAGAGACCCGGUACCGGCAGAAGCGACCGUUGCCCGGCCCGAGGCGAAGAGCGACGUGGAGUCCGAGUGUGAGAGUGAAGAUGGAGUGGGAGAAGCUGUCUUGUCGGAUUAUGAGAGUGCAGACCCUGAGGAAAAUGGCUCCCAUUCAGAGGGAGUGGAGGAGGAAGAGGAGGCAGAGCAGUACAGUGAUGAAGAGGCUCCAGCAGCAGCCAGCGAGCCCAAGCCCUCUGCUCCUGACAACCCCACACAGGAAGAGCAAGGGGAGCAGGUGGUGGAAGAGGAGGAGGAGGCGGCAGAGGAGGCGGCAGAGAGGGAGGGAGGAGGACACGGUAAAGAUAAGAGCAAAGCCGAGGAUAAGGAGAACCUGGCUGGAGAGAGACAGAGCGGCGACGGCCAGGAGUCCACGGAUGAUCCUGAGACGAAGGCGGUAGUAAAACCUGGCCAGAAGUUGGACGAUGACGAGGACAGAAAAAACCCGGCCUACAUUCCCAGGAAGGGGCUUUUCUUCGAGCAUGACGUCAGAGGACACGCCCAGGAGGAGGAGAGACCUAAAGGUCGCAACAGGAAGCUGUGGAAAGACGAGGGUCGCUGGGAGCACGACAAAUUCAGGGAGGAGGAGCAAGCGCCCAAGAGCCGCGAAGAGCUCAUCGCCAUCUACGGUUAUGACAUCAGGAACGGCGGGGGAGCGGGAAACCGGCCGUACAGGCAGCGCAGACCCAGACAGAGUUUGUCUCCCAGCAGAGACAAACGGUGGAGAGAGGGAGGAGAGCGGACGGUCCGAUCCUGGCAGGGCAGUGGAGGAGGAGGAGGAGGAGGAGGGAGUAUGAGCCGAGGAGCAGCUCCUUCACCUUCAUCCAUCCAACCCUCUUCUACGUCAUCCUCCUCAGUCCAUUUCUGCUCCGCCCCACACAACAACAGAGCGCCUUCCUCCCGCAGCAGACCCCCGCACCAGAAUCACUCACAUCCUCAGUCCCACCACAAGAACGAUGAAUCAAACGUACCCCAGCUGCAGCCCAGAGAGCGACAGGGCCCCAAAGCUCAGUCAGAGCCUGCGGGAGACAGGGGUGUGGUCAGCAAAGGUGGGCGUGGCACUGGUGGGCGUGGUGGUUCCUCUGUGGUCUUUGAGAACAGUUCCAUUACCCGGGGGGUUGUUGAGGAUCAGGACCUGAGCACGAGCACCGUGACAACGGCGUCGCAGUCAGGCGGUUACCAGUCGCCAAGGCGACAGCAGCAGGAGCGAAGUGGCGCCGACCAAUCUGUGUCCGGAUUGGCUGCCUCCUCCACUUCUGACCCCGCCCUUCACUCAUCAUCAGCUGCAGCCACUCGGGAAGCUUCUCCUCCCACUGAGCGGCCAGUGGAGCGUAAAUCUUACUCGCUGGCUCGCAGGACUCGCUCACGGCCCGCGGACCUGGGCAGCAAACAGCCCUCCAUGGAGGAGUCAACGGGCAGUGGGAGCACCUCCUCUCCUGGCAGUGCAGGAGGGAGAGCCUGGACUGGAGGGGGAGGGGGAGGAGGAGCAGGACUGGCGGAGCUGGACCAAGAUGUGGCCCGACUCAGUCUGGCUGGACAGAGCUGGAGUCAGAGCCCGACGUCGUACAUGCGAUCUGAGAUGAGGGGCCUCCCCAGCCCCAUGCACAUCUCCGGUGGCCCCCCCCCUCAGUUCUCCAGCAUGGAGGAGAUCGGCGUCGGCUCCAGUCGAGCCAAACGCUACUCUUCCCAGCGACAGAGAGCCGUACCUGAGCAGACUCCUCCCAUGCACCUGGGUGUGAUGGAGGGACAUUACUACGAACCCAUGUCGUACCAGGGACCAAUCUACACCCACGGGGAUGGCCCCGCCCCCAUCCCACCGCAAGGCAUGCUGGUCCAGCCUGAAAUGCACAUCGCUCACCCCAGUCUCCACCCACACCAAUCAGGCGGCCCAAUCACUAACCCCGCCCUCUACGGAGGCCCACCUGUGUCUCUGUCACCGGGGCAACCACAGCAACUGCUGCCACCACCUUUCUACCCUCCUCCAGGGGUCAUGACCUUCCCUUACCCCACCAUGUACCCAACCCCACAGGGUCAGACCCAGGUGACCUACGGGGGUGUGACCUACUAUGACACGAUGCAGCAGCAGGCCCAGCCCAAACCCUCGCCCCCCCGCCGCACAUCCCAGCCAGUCACCGUUAAGCCCCCCCCUCCAGAGGUGCGCUUUGUGUCAGAGUGACCCCGCCCCCCUCACCCCUCGACCGCCCUGCCCCCUCGGCCUCACUCUGCUCUGAGAACCACAGGAGCAGGGUGGGAGGAGUCGGUAAGGAGCCGCGAUUUCCUACACCAACCAACAGCAAGGGCGGUGCAGGGGCGUGAAGACGGACAGACAGAGGCGGAGACUAACUCUGCACAAGACCACAGCAUCACUGUUGCCCCUCCCCCUUUUGUUUCUGACCCUGUAGCAGUCGUUCCAUGACGGCGAGUCGCCAACGCACAGGUUUGUUCCUGCCAACGUGUCUUUGAGCAACAACUGAAACAGUGAGAAAGUAACGAGUUCCAAUCCCUCAAAGUCACUUUUUGAGUUUAGUGACGGCUUCGUUGUUUUUGUGUCGUCGUCUCCGUUUACUUCACUGUCUGGUUCGCAAUGUAGGAAACAUGAGGUUUGCUUUCUCAUUUUCUCGAGUGAAUGAGAUAAAAUAAUCUGUUAUGUUGUGAUAAUGUCUCGUUAUCUCCCGGAGAUAAUUCUCGUUAAGAUAAUGAGAAAACGCGGCGUGGCUGUUCACCGAGAGCAAAGCAGACGACAGAUUAUUAAUCUGGUCACAGAUUAAUCACAAACUGUGGAAACAUCUGUUUCAGGAGGGACAGCCUCCUCUCUCCUCCCUCCUUUCCUCCUCCCUGCUCCUCCUCUCUCCUCCCUCCUCCCCUCUGCUGACUUACAUGAUGAACUGCGACUAUUUUCCACGUGAACUGAAACUCGUGUUUUUUUGUUGUUUGUUUUUGGCUCCUCCCCCUGAUGAGCAGAGACAGUUUGAGUGUAAACACGACGUGUCCAGCGGGGGGCGCUGCUGCUGCUGUACAUAUGUGUGUAAAUAGAAGCUGGAGCAGAUGAAAACUAUAGUUAUGAUGCGAGCGCAUCGGCAGGGACUUUGAACGUUAACCAUGAUUCAUUUAGAGAAACGGAGUUCACGUUUUUCUUUCUUUGUCACUUUCUUUUUUUAACUGUAAUUUUUUAUUAUUGUUAUUAUUAGUGAACACAGGAGUGAUAACUAUUAUUAGUUUGGCUUGUUAACGCGUCGUUAUUACUGUAACCACAACGUUAAAAAAAGAAAGUCGUUGAUUAUUGCUUUGAUCAUUGGUUUCCUCUGAUGUUGAAGACACUGUAAGGCUUUUAUUUUGAAAGGUUCAUUACCAUCAGUAUUCUGAGCAGGUGCUUUGAUGUUGACCUCAGUGUCUGUGUCGUAACGAGUGACUGCUGUUUAUUCCUUGACCUUUGACCUGAGCUGACAACACCUUUUAUUUUCUUUUUUUCACUCUUUAAAGUCACAGUUUGUGUUUUUUUUCUUUUUAAAGUGAGUUUGUGUAAGGUUCUGACGGCGAGAACCAAACAUCUCUACAUCACAUGAUCACGUCUUUAUCUCACUGUUAGACAGACGUGUGUAAACCACUCACUCUCCCACACCAAAGCCC